AGUGCAUCUAUAACAGCGAGCUGUCUGCACCGGGCUGUGUGGGGGGUGAGACAAGCUUCUCACUCAGCCAGCACAGGGGGACAGGAUCUGAACAGUCUGGACCGAGCUGGAUAAUACUAGACUGCCCAGAACAGGUGUGUGGAUUUGUGUCUGUGCAUGUGUGUGUAUGUGACAGAUGACGGGGAGAGAAGCGCAUGUAUUCCUCAGUGUGGUCGCUUGUUUCUCCGCAGGACUUGCUUCCAGAGUAGCGGUUAUAGAAGGUACAGUGCUAGAGCUUUGCCCUAGUUUACACUUGAAUGCUCUGAUCCGUUCAGUUUGCCUCUGAGAUUUAUGCAAGGGGUUGCUAACAGCGCUUCUCUACAGGAAGAGAAAGAUAAAAUCUCUGGUUCUUUGGGUGCACUGGACACUUCGGAGUGUGAAGCUUUGAAUCAGAGCGGUGUGAAGACAAGCUGCUGUUUAUCUGGAGGAACAAGUUGGUAGUCGAGCUGCCGACAUGUGCUGCUUGCUCGGCUGUAUUUUAGAUGUCUGUUUUCCAUAUUGUAUGUCUUUAUUGUACGCUCUAGCUUUGAGUUUGGCAUGUAACAGGAUACAGUUGUUUCCAAUUUAUGAAUUGAUAACUUAAUAAUACUAACCAUUUCAGCCUACACAAUCAUUUAAUAUGGACUCCGCUUCGUAAUUGGUUCCCUUUGUCUUCCUGAUCCACAGUCUGUGUUUGGAAACUUUAAAAGACGUUUUAUAGUCGCACUUCUCUGUAUUAAGUCAGACAAAGAUAAUCCUGAUCCUAUCCGCAUCAAAUGUUCGACUCAAACAAGAUGAGGAAACAAAAUAUUCAAGAAGAAAAUGAUUCAACUGAAGACAGGACCAGCCUUUUAAAAGAAAAAAAUAAUAAUAAUCCCCUCAUUUGGGAUCUUUUGAUGAACCAAAGAUACACAAACCAUGCAGUGUUCAUUUAGAAGUCACCAUCUCCAUCGUCACUGCUGCAGCCUGAAUGGCUCAAGUCUUUGAGGCUGUUCCCAGUGAAUAUACUCACUAUCAAUGUUUUGUCAAUAGCUUUAUGGGUCAAAAGGCUGUGUCAUCACCAAGCGGUGGCAGUUAAAAGGAACGGAGUGAGGAGGGGGGGGUUAGGCACUGACCUAGAGGCUGAAAUAUUCAUGACGGAGACAGCUGAACGCCCUUUGCUGUUUGUAGCGAUAUGGGUGGAUGGAUGAAUGAAGUGAGGAGGGUUUGAAGGAAAGUAAAGAAGCUUCAAAGAUCUGUUCUUUUAAGCAUUUAUUAUUUAUCACAACGCACUCUGCCAUAGAAGCUCUAACCCCCACAUCAACUGGCCUCUUUUCUCGCUAAGAUGCCAGUGGACUAAAGGAGGAGGCUCCGACUGAGUCUACCUGUCAGCUACAGUCCCCCGGCACAUUAAGACUGCAGCCACAUGGUACACACUCUGCUCACACACACACACUCACAAACAUACACACACUCAUCCAUGUGAACAGAACAUUUUGCUUUGUUUUUAUAUUCACACCCUAACUGCACAGCUGUCAAUACAUCUCUGCACUCUCUCAUGUGUAAACCAGGUGUACACACAGUAACAGAUACUAAUUUGCUUUAAAUCUAAUACACACAACAGGUCAACUCCCUCUGAAUACAUUUCUGCUUAUAUUCCUACAGCACACACACAAUGCACACUCAAACAUUUCAUUUUUCUCACAUUUGUCCCAAGAGUUGAUUUUGUUGUCCAGGUUUCAGCAACUCUUUCUGAGUCAUAUGAGCAACAACAUAAACAAAGAUAUUCAGUAGGAGUGACGACCUUGAGACCUGUUGAUGUUGUUUGCAGCGGCCGUGCUGUGAAUACAUAAGAGGCCAUGUGGGACUCCCGGCGAAAAUGGGGCGCUUGGCACGCCGUUUGUAAAAAAUGAGUGGAAAAUGUGCAGGAGGGCUGGCGAUGCAGUUGAAGGGAGACUACGGCAUGAAUAUGUAUUGUAUGCAAAUGCAGCACGCCAAGGUUCUUGACUCAAGCUGUUGAUGAAAGCAGAGGACAUAUUCCCCCAUCCUCGUUUAAGAGGCAGCGCUAUCGACAAACCCAUUGUCCACACAGCCACAUCUCUGGCCACAGGGGCAGCCUGGUGACAGGUGGCAGAUAUCUGUGACAGGAGCCAAGGUGACACUGCUUGACUGUCUCUGUGGGCCCGCAGGCUGCCUGGGCAGCGCCAGUGUCUGCUCAUUUUAACCAUGUCUUAACCUUUUGUGGUUAGACACAACAGGGUUACAGAGCAGGGGCCUUAAGCUAAUGUCCUCAUUUAGCUUUUUUUAAACCAUCCAAGGGUUAUAGCUUCUUCCUGCCACUGAUAACCCUUUAUUAUCACACUUUUUUCUGUAUUUGCCAUGCUUAUUUCUCAUUUUACUAAUAAAAUAAUAAUAAUUAAUGUACCAGAAAUACCCCCUGUGCCUGUAAAUCCCUUCAGCAGACAAUAAAAACAUUUAUCCACAAUAUAGUAAUAUAUCAUAUUUUUGAUUGGGGUGAUCUGAAUGUAAAAAGUCACGGGUGGCCAAAUUAGAGCUGCUCUAUAAAUUCAGAGAGGUCAGAAGUAACAUUUUUGCCUUGGGCGAUAAGUUAAGAAGGAGUGAACAGCAAAGAGAAGAAAAAGAAGACGUUAAGGACAGAAUUGGAGGACUCCUUCAAACAUGUAGCCGACUUGAGUGGGAGAGACUGUCACUCUCCCUCUCAUUCAUGUUCGCCAACAUUACCUAUCCAAAAGAUUUGGUUGCAUUUCACUGCUCUGUGAGGCAGUUGUUGCUGUGUUGUAUCACCUGCUGUGUUGAUGUGUGUUACUCAGUAAUGGAGUGUUUCUGGCAUGGUGCACUCCGUGGUUUGUAGCUCGAGCUGCAGGUAAUUAAAGCUGACUUGUGACAAACACUGGAUUCAUAUUCUCCAAAAUUUUAAACCUUAGCUGCAGGAAGUACAGUCUCUUCAAAUUCAUGACAAGUUCUAAUAUGAUGAGAGGAAAACACACACACACACACACACACACACACACAGAUGAUGGCUAUUAAAAUAAAAACUUGAUUCACACCUAGAGAGGAGUGCUGUAGUCAGAAGGAAUGCUGUGAAUAGUCAGGUGAACGAGCAGAUCUACAAAAAGACGAUUAAGCAUAAGAAUAACUAUUUUAUCCUUAUUGUAAUUUUUUUUGUUAAAUAUUUAUUAAUUUUUUAUUGUAAAUUCAAUACUAAUACAAUAAAAUUCAAUACACCUUUCAAAUAAGGUGUAAUAUUAACCAGUCAGUGUAGACUACCAUUCAAACUGCAAUCUAGAUGCAUGACCUCUCACUCAUGAUUUAAGACUUCUUAAGACAUUUUAAGGCCCUCAGUGGUUUAUGUCUAAUUAAAGACUUUUUAAGAGAUUUUCAAGCAGUAGUACUGACAGAUGGGAAAUAUAGAAUUAUCGUACUAGAGACCCAAAAUCAUCGUAUUUUUGGGAAAAUUAUCGUACACCUGUCAUUAUUAAAAUAUUAAUCUUAUUGGCGCAUGAUAGUCACAUUUAGUCACUCUGUUUAGCGUCCUCCAGGCACUCACGUUUUGUGGCUACAGUUUUGUAGUCAUUCGCCACCCCGCCUCACAUCUCUUCACCUCCCGUUUUUCACCAUCCUCUUCAGCAGUGCUCAUUUUUCUCAACUGACUUCCCGACUGAGAAUGAUUGACAGCCAAUGACGCUCGUUGUUCAGUGACAAACGUCACUCAGACUACGAUUGGAUGGAAACAUCACGUGAUAAAAGAUGCCUUCGCAAAUAGAAACUGGAAACUAAAGUGUCUGGCAGACUGAGAUACUCCCACUGUGCCACAUAUUUACGACAUUGUCAGAUUAUUGUACAUUUAACCCUUUUUCUGGGUUAUUGAUCAUACAUCGUGCAGAGGGCAAAAUUAUUGUACAAAUACAAUGAUUAUCGUACACCUGGCAACCCUGCUUUUAAGGAUUCAGGGGAAUCCCAGAAAAACAAACGGAGAGAACUUUGUGUUGAGUUGAGAUAAAAAUCAUACAAAUAUGUCAAACCUUUGUCAAUAGUUGUUAUUCACAAAAAUCUUUUUAACUUUCUUCUUUUGGGUCUUGAAAACGCUUUUUUGUGGGCACCAGCUCUGAUAAUACCAAAACACAAUCUGCCAACUAAGAUGAGGAGAUACAAUGAACUGCAUUGAUAAAUCACAUAAACCCGUGCAUUAUGAAAGCUUACUGUCUGAAUGAAUUGAUAGAAUAGAAUAAAUUGAUUUUAUUUGGCUGAAACUCAGCUUAAAACUUGGAAAGAUAACUUGUGUUACAUUACUUCACCCACACACAGGGCUGCUUUGGAAUAUAUUAAAAGUAGCCUGGCAGUAAGAAGCACUCUGGUGUUCACUCUGAGUCCCUGUUCAUCUCUAUGUAUGAGCUGCUGUUAACAGGUCCUAAGACGAGCCGGCAUCAGGAGAUCAGUGCAUAAAUCUCGGAGCUGCUGCUCGUCUUUGCUCUAAUGAUGGAAAGGCACAGGGGCGCUUUGACGACUACGCUCAAACACUCCUCUCCCAACAGCAGCAGGCUGCGGUUGAUAGGAGUGCAUAAGGAGAAGCACGUUGCAACGUGUUUAUGAGUGCAUGUGAUUCUGCAUAUGUUUUCAUAUCUCGUGUCUCCGUGCUUGUUCCUUUGCCUUAUCAGCUCAGUAUGCACAGGGUGUGAACGUGUGAGUCCCAGUGUUCAAGUCUGGGCGACUGUUAUGUGCAAGUGCAAUCCGAUUUCAAUCUCUUCGCUCUGUGUUGCAGGGCUUGUGCAGCUGAGGUGCCCUACGGAGAAAUGUAAUUAUAUCCUGCUGGCCACAGAGUACAGGCUUCACUGCCCUAUCUGUCUCAGGAGAGACAGCGGCUAUAGCGGCCCCUUCUCACUUGCAAUAUCAAACAGCCGAGCUACUAUAUCACCCAAAUUUGUAAUAAAUCCUUCCUCCAAUCUCCUCCUCUAAUCAGUGUUUGGAUCCUGAGGUUAUCAGUGGCCUUAUGCUACAGUUUUGUUACAGUUGUGAAUUAUUUAUGACCGAAUUAACUACAGUUGCUAAGAGCACUGAUUGGGCGAUUUCGGAAGCCAGCCAAAACCUGACUCGAGUUCAAAGCCAGUUUCCUCAUAUACUUUUCUGCCUGAUAAGCAAAGUCUCACCUUCAUGAAUGUAAUUAACACCAUACUUGAUUUCAUCUGCAUUUUAACCACCUGAGUUUUGAGCGGAACGAUCUGCUUCAUAUUACUUUUAUCUUAUCUUUCCUGCCUUGUGUGUUUUUUUCGAUGGCCGCAUCUCCUCCGCUGACGCUAUUGGCUCUGUUCUCAGAGGUGUGCGCAGAGAUGGUGUCCAUUAGUAAGUGAAAACAAACAGACACACCCCACUCUCCUGGAUUUAGGCAAACAAUCAAUGAGAGCACUCACAUAACAGCAGUCUAAGUGGCCCAUUGAUGUUGUGAUUAAAUGAAUACAGGAUGCAGUGGUGAUGACUUGACACUCAACCCCAAUAAAACCGAUAAUUUUCUAUUGUGGAAUUCUGUAUUAAAUCUGAGAAAUGAAACCAAACCUUCCUCCCUGUUCAGCCCUUGAACAGUCAAUAUCAGUGAAAAUGAUUGGGAGGAAUGGGAAUGGGAAGCAGAGCUAUGAAAAUUUAAAGACGUCAUUAAAUAACGGCUUGCAAAUGAAGCCUAUCACCCUGUGUAUCACUCUUCCACCUGUUUCAUCGUGCCGUGUCUUUGUUAUCUCACGAAACCAAAACAUCUUUGUGUUCUUCUGUUACCUGAUUAGCUCCACUCAGUCUUUUAUUUCUGUGCUUUUCACCCCCUUCACUUUAUCUUCAGCCAGGAUACAACUUCAGCUGCUACCCCCUUUGCACCUACACCCCUCCGCAUGCCUUUCCCUCAGGGUGUAGCAGCCAUUGUGGAGCCUAAUAUAGUUUAUGGAAUUACAGAUCUCUGAAAUUGAAUUUUUCACUCCACCAACGCAGUGGGAUUACAGGUUUAAGGAUUGGUGCAACACUGACCUGUUAUUGAACUGUUUUUUUUUUUUUCCCACUGAGGAUAGAUCAAGAAAUGGAUGCCUGUCUUUCUCCGCAGCUCCGCAGGAGAGAGACAGGCAGAGAGGCGCAUUUCUUGUAACUUUGAAUGUUCCUGGCAAUUAAAUGGAUAUUGAGUCAGAGAGCUUUUUUGGCUGUUAAGUCUGGAUUCCUCUUACGUCGACCACUCUCACACACUCCUCCUCCUCUUCCUCCUCCUCCUCUGUCCUCACAACUCUUCCCUGUGUUUGAUCUAAUUCUAAUCUAAUGAAUCUUUUGAUCUUCCUCGCCUGACACCCAGACACAUUGCGAGUUUCUACAUCCAGAGUAGCUCAAUUAGUUCUAAUCCUUAAAAUCUGGCUGCUGGUGAGGCGAGUGAUUCUCAGUGAUAUGCAGAGAUUUGGGCUGUCUACCCCAUGCUUCUGUUUAAUGAACUGUGGGAUUCCUUCACUAACCUUGAUCCUUCAGCCCCCCCAAAAAGCUACCUUAUCACAAAUCCAGAUCAAUUCCACCAUUAUUGCUCAGAUGUGACCAGGCAUUAACUUCGGCUCGCUCAGAAGAGUAGCAGACGAAAGUGAGAAAUGGAGUGAGAGUGCACUGGAGACGGGCAGCGUGGUGAAUGCAACAUUAAGAUGUUGGUAGAAAGGGGGUAUUCAUUAGUAGAGGUCCACAGUGGCGGCUUGGUGAACUCUUAAUUGAAGAAGAGACAGGCCUUGGGAUGGGGGAUCAAUAUGGGCAGAGCCAGGGUUCCAGCCCACUGAAAUCAAUCAGCCUGGAGCCCCAUGAGGAGGUUGUACUGAAAAAGAAAAAAAAAAAAAAUCACAGCCUCAGACUCCCGCUCGCUUACCCUUUCAGUCAAACUUCAUCACAAUCAACAGAUAGACAGCUCAUUCCUGCUCAUCUCUAUCACAGACUGAUGAAGUGCUCUGGUUGUUUUUUAUUUAUUAAAGACUCAUUUGAUCUCGCUGUUGGCGAGCUUUAAAUUGACACUGCAUUUUUAGUCUAUCUCUGCCAAGAACAGGGGAUCAUUGUAACUAAUAAAACAUGAUUCAUUAACGCAGGAGGGCUUUAUGGAAAGGAAUAUUAAAUGAACCCCUGGCAUAUUUUUACUCCUUCGCUAAAAAUAGUCGCUUUCUCCUCUUCUUCCUCUUCAUCUUUGCAUGGGUAAUAGCCAUCUUUCUGCCCUGUCACUUUUUGAUGUAUCAUCCUCUUACUCACAUCAAGGACAAGGCCAGGUGUCGCAUUUUCUCUGAGUUGCCACGCUUGUCACACUGCCUUGUCACCCACAGCCUGUUCCAAUCUCCUGCCUUCCUCCACCCCCUCUCUGCUUAUUCAUAUUAAAUCUGUCACUCCUUUAUUUUGGCUAGACAAAAGGAAAGUAUAUCACUUUUGCCAUUUGCAGCCUGCGGUGUCUGCAGAAUUCUGCAAGUUUAUGUGAAUGUCAUUGUUAGCCAAAUAAAACCCUGUCAAAAAAUGAUAUAUCCUCUGUUUUGUAUUGUUGUCGCAUAACUGAAAUUCCUCCUCCUCUUCCCCGUGUCCUUGGCUUCAGAUGUCUUUGUCAGUUUUGUGUUAAGCUAUCCAGGAAUAUGCUUCACUAUGGCAAAACAGCCUUGACAGAGGUAUCAAACAGUUUUUUUAGGGCUCCAGAUGGACCGGCAGACAGACAGACAGGCGCAGGUGUCCGGCCUCCGCUCUCUUUGAUGCCCAUGAGUGAAAAGCAGCUGGGGUCGGAGACAUGCCUUGGCGAGGAGAUACAUGUGGGCUUAUAAGGUUCUCCAGUUUAUUCUUAGCCUCGCCGCCUGUGAUUCAGUGUGUGUUAGUGUGUGUGUUCGUCACCGAAUCGUUGGGUGCGAGCAUUUCACUAGAGACCCCGCUGUAAUAUAAGAAGCUGCAUUGGUAGGGGAAGAUUAGAGCCAAGUUUUUAUGGGGUGGUUAUGGAGAUGUCAUAGCGGUUAUGCUUGGCUCAGUUGUUUGGAUGCUGGACGCUGACACCUGUCCAACCAGAGCAUGAAUCAGACAGUGUGACUCCGUUCAGCGUGUCUUCCCAGACAAACGCAGAACAAAGCCUAGCUUAGAAAAUCCUGAUUAGAGUCAGGUGAAGAUGUUGUGGCAGAGUUAAGAAAAGCCCUUCCUCUGUAUCUCAGCUGCUAGUUUUUGCACUAAAAGGAUUUACUCAUCUGCCCGACUGCAGUUGAGCACCAUUCAUAACGAAUUACAAACAGACACUAAUUAUCACCAUAAUACACUCCAAAAGUCCUCAAGGGUUGGAAAGUAAUUAUGUUUAAAAUUAGACAAUUUUCACACUAUUAUUUCCAGCACAGGUCUAACUAAAACACCUCGUGAACGACCGCCGGCCUCCUCAGGCGGCACAGUAGGAUUUUUAUCUUGUGUGAUUCCAUGUACGUAGCAACGAGGCUCAUAAUCAUGUUUACCCAUAUCCUACGGUUCACUGCACUGUUUUGUUUGAAACAGAUGUGUCACCAUCCUUAGGGCAUGUGGGGGAGCAUCGGUGACAGGGAGUGGUAUCUGGACUUGGCUUAUAGUGUCUGUGAAAAAGGACUGACACUGGUGGGCGUCAGGCAGAAAUGACCAACAUUAUAUUCACGAUUCAGACCCUGAAAGAGCUUUUGUUGUUGUUGUUUUUGUUUAAAAAAAAAGCUGUGUUAAUAUGAGCGAGUGUUUUGAGCUUCAAAGUUGAGGAUGCAUAUGUUUCAAGUAUUCAUCCACUCUGGACUUUGUUUGCUUUCAGAAUUUGGCAGCCAGAGGCUGAUUCCUGUGGGAGAGGAGAACAUCAGAGACAGCUUGUUUAAAGGAGAAGGUAAGGCUGCUCACCUUUUACAUGUUGUGCAAGUGAAAUCUCUCUCUGUCGUCACUUUUCUCCACAACAUUUUCAUAAAUUGAGUUAAACUGCAUAUGUGGAUUUAGGGUCAUGUUUUGUUGCUACACCUCCUGUAGGUGUUUAAAUUUCUUUUAUAUGUUUCGACACAGAGUUUCGGUAAAGUGCAAGAUUUUGUUUGCACGUUUCAUCAUCGAACUGUCAUCACACAGCAGCCUGCCUUUCUAUCUUUUCACCCGUCAGUCCUCCAGUAGAGAUACAAGUAAGGCUCUGAUUAAUUUUUCCUGUUUCCAUGGAUUCUGCAGACCCAGGAAGAAACAAACAACACUGCAGGGCACAGUUAUCAUCAGCAGUGUGGAUAGAUUCAUAACCUCCAGAAGCAACUCGUGCAUCACACUGCUUCACUCAGUAUCAAACUCACAUCACCUCAUUUGAGCUUGCCUGCCAGUGAUUAGCAUUUCUUUCUGCACCAACAGGAAUAAGGAAGGAGGAGGGUUAUUGUUGGCUCCACUGAGAUAGAUUUGAUGAUCAAAGAGAUCUGUGGGUGUUGGAGUUGCGCUGUGACCACAGCAUGUACCUUUUGUGACUAUCAGUCCAACGAGGCAGUAACAAAGAGAAGAGUGAGAGGAGAUGCGGGGAGUUGAGUGAGGUGAGGCUGAGCAAAAAUAACUGUGAGAACUAAUGAGUGAGCAGUGACAAUCCCAAUGAUUGAAUCAAUGAUGGGAAGAGAUCCUUUGGUCUGAAAAUCAGCACUUUAUAAAGCAUUUUUAUAAAGUUAUUAACUGUCUUUCAUAAAUUUGAUUUUUUUCUUCUUUUUUUUGCAAACACUCUUCACAGAGGCAAAAAGAAUUUGCAUGAUUUAGACACAUCAUCAUCAGCGCGGUGUUGCUGCCAUCCUGUUGGCUGUUUACCAGUUACAUCCUUGUGCUGCUGCUGUGAUCAGAGUCAUCCUGUGCAAGCAGUUGGAUAGCAGCAGAGGAAGCAGCUCUCAGCACAUGUGGCCACAUUAUGUACACAGCUGUGCACAGCUGACUCAUUAUCACUUGCAAGAACAUCAGUAUGUGACUAGUCUGCUCUCCUUUUAGAUUAACAAACAACUCGCUGCGAACACGUCCAAAUGCAUCUUUGAAAGUUGAGUUUUCUGUUGUGAAAAUAACACGCCUAGUUACAUCGCUUUCCUUUGCAGAGGAUUUAAAGUAGCUGAACUUUGAUAUUCAUCCUUGUCUCUGUGAAACCACCAACGGCAGGCAGGUGAAUGAUGUGCCUUUGGUAAGCUAUUCUGUUUGAGGACUGAUCUCCACUUCAAAACCCCAGCGUGAGGACAGCAUUCACCUCUCUUUUUCUUCCUCCUCUUCCUCCUCUUCCUUCAGCAGUGCAGGAUAAAAACUGAACGCCUGCAAGAGAAACUCUUCAAAGGCGCAGUUCAUCUGUUGGGUGAAGACCUCAUCAAUUUAGUUCUCUUCUCUCAAACCACUGUCCUUCCAUCGAGCUCGGGUUGUUUAUGAAGUGAGUGAUGCGAUAUUUCUUUUUCCUUGCAGAUGGUUGCGUAAGGGGCUUUUGAUAUCUUGAGGGUGAAGAAGGGAUAUUUUUCUCUUAACACUGUAGGACGAGCUUGUUGUUGGUGGCAAAUUUUUCUCAGACUGCUUCCUCGCAUCCUCCCAGGGGAAUGCAUCGCACAUUGUGGAGCUUGAUGUGCGUUUUCCUCACCCUUAUUUUCCACAUCAGCAAGAUUGGACUUCUAGCUUGCUUCCAUGCCCCAGCCUGCCGUCUACUCAAUGAUUAAAAGUCAAAUAUUAAAGUGCUCUGUUGCGAGCUCGGCCUAAUUGAUUCUUUCCGCCAGUUGCACUCAGAAUGGGCUGACAGCAGGCGAUACCAGGCUUUGUCAACAUUGGGCAUGCUGCCUGACGCUCAGGACGGCACCCCAAUAAAGCCCCCUGUGAGUGUGCCAACCUGGGCGCCACACACAGAGAGGCCACUCUGCUCUCAAAGCCAAGCUUUAUAGUAACAACACAGAGAAGCAGCUCAUUCUUUUACUGUGUGUCAGCUCCCAUCAGUUGGCUGGGAAGUUGGUUUUCUGUUUGUAAGAAAGUGGCUGGCUGUGAAGGAAGUGUGUGAAACUGUGAAUGUGUGUGCAUCUACUCUUGGAGGAAAAAAAAUCUCUUCUGCCCACUUGCGUAACCACUCAGCUAACUUAAGCUAUCUGGGGCGACGGUGCUGAAAGGAGGCUUCAUCUGAAUUCCAAAAAAGCUUCUCUUCUUCUCCUCUCUGCAGCUCUCCUGCCGUUAAGAUAAUUGCUUUAAUAGCUUUUAAUCUCAGCUAUGUUUAACAAGGAGCUUACCAAGCGCAGGAUGACACCAAGUAUGUCAUCAGUGUUCAUCCUGUAAAAAAAUAACAGGACAUCUGGCGCACAUCUUUUGAUCAUAGUGUUUUGCCCUCUCUUGACUGCAAAAUGGGGAAAAUUAAUUGAAUCUGUUUUGCAGUAAAACAGAGUCCCUCUCUUUCUCUCUCUCCUCUAUAAAUGGAGGCAGAAUAUCCCUGCCCCCCUCCUCUCCCAUGAAUUUACUGGCCAUUUUAUGCGUGUCUUGAAUGGGCCACACUCCCUAUUUAUUUUUAAUGUGCUCCUACUUUACUGUUAGGAGAGUGAAACAGAAAUCUUGGUGGUAUACAAUGCUCAUUAAGCGCAGACAUUCAUCCACAACGCUUUUCUCAUGAAUCUGAUUAACCUUUUGGUCCUUGUGAUCCAUGGUAAAAGGUUAUUGGCGCCCAUUAAUCCUCCUCUGGUUGGAAAGCUGGGUAUAUCUCCUGUCCCGUCUGAUGCUUUAUGUUCUAUCCUAGCGGACGGGAAGGUUUGAAGGUGUGUGGGGGUGGGAUGAGGUCAGAGAGCCGCCCAAUGGCACAGUAAUUACUCUAUUAGUGAAAUGGGGCUGCGUUCUAUGCUCUGACACAGCACUAAUUACAACACAAGGGUGAUGAACUUGAUCGAGCUGCUGCUAAUUCAUGUUUAAUAGAAGAAAGAGAAGAAAACUGGAAAAAGAAAUCAGCCGAGAGGGUGAGCUGCAUGCUGUCAGGUACACACAGAGGAAUUUUUUGUUCAACCUCUUCCCAACAUGUACCUUUUUUCAUCCGUGCAAAUCCGAGCAUUCAGUGCCUGAAUAUUUUACAUCACAUUUCAGUGUGACUGAUCAGCAGCACAGUCGGGGAAUAGGCAGCUGCUUCACUGGUAAAGGUCGCUGAAAAGUAAUCACAAUGUCCUCUCCCCUGAGAAGUGAGCAAGGUUUCAUUUCUACCUCCAUCCUGUUACUUCCCUGCUGUAGAUCCCAGGGGGGCGCAAAGACUGAGUGGGGGUCAUGAUCCCAGCCACAGGGGGGCUGACAGCUGGUUGCCUGUCUGGCAGGGGCCUUAUUGAGGGCUAAUAGGAGAGAGUCAAGUCCGAGAGACCACUGUGACCUUGGCAUGAGCCUUUAGAGGCAGGUAGGGGGGAGUAAGGUAUGAAAGGUAAAGAAUCAUUAUAAAGAAUGACAGGUACAUAGUACAGCCCUGAUUACAUAAGAGUUGGGAUGCUGUGUAAAGUGUUGAUGAAAACAGGAUUUGACGGUCUGCAAAUCAUGUAAAGCCUUCAUUUAACUGAGAAUGGUGCAAGGCAAUGAAACAAAUGUUAAAACUGGUCUUUUUUAUUGUUUCAUGAAAAUUAUAAGCUCUUUUAAACUUGAAACCAGCAACAAGUUUCACAACAGUAGGGACUGAGGCAGAUUGACUACUGAGUCUUAUCACCUCUUAUUUUAAAAACACUCUGGUUAAGGACCGAGAAGAUCACUAGAGUUUUGAAAAUGAAAUGGUGACCUAUUCUUGUCUGAUACAGGAUUUCAGAUGCUGAGGAGUUUAAGGUUUACUUUAACAUUUUUUUGUGUGUGUCAGAAUAUACCAAGUGUUUUGAAUAGGUGACAGGUUUGAACUGCAGACAGGCCAGUUCAAACCCCAGACUACUACUGAGCCAUGCUGUUAAGAUCAGUACACAAUGUAUGAUGGCAUUUUCUGGCUAAAUUAUUUGAGGUCUUCCCUGAAAAAGGCGUGUCUUUGUGCAAGUAUAUGUUGCCCGUAAACCUAUAUCUUUAAGCAUCAAUGGUGCCUCUCCAGAUAUGUACACCAACCAUGACGCUGGCAAAUAUUCAGCCCCGUGGGAAAGCUUUCCACCUCUCCUCAGUCCAUCUUGAAGGGUCAUGUUUCUGGAUCCAUUUUAUAAAUGCUUUCUCUUUGUGUGGCACAGUUUUUAUCUGCAUCAGUGGAUGCAGGGACAAACAGGCAAUGUUUUUUUAAUGACAUUUUGUUCCAGUGCAGUGAUUUACACUGCAGAGGCAUGUCUAUUUUUAAUGCAGUGUCACUGGUGAACAUUAAUCAGACUUGUUCUUUUUGUACAGAGAUUUCUCUAGAUUCUCUGAAUCUUUUAAUAUUAUGUUCCAUAAUUGAUAAACUCUAAAAACUCAUGGCAGUUUUACACUUCUGAACAUUAUUCUGGAGUUGCUGAACUGUAUCCACACCCAGCCUCUCACAGAGUGGUGAACUUUUUACCAUCUUUCUUUUGAGAGACUUCGCCCCCUCUCAGGAACUCUUUGGCAAAAAAAAGAAAAAUGAUCAUGAUAUAUUUUGUCAUAUUGGCUGAUCUCAAUUAUUAUCACGAUUAUUUUGUAUUUUUUUAAACUGGCAGUUUUAAAGCAUUUGUACUAAAAACUAACGAAACUAGAGAUUAGUUCUACAUUUUAUUAACAUAUUUUUAACCCAAAAUAAACAAAUGGCCCCCUCAGCGAUAAUGCAGAUGCCUUAAAAUGUAGCCAUUAGAGGAUGUAGACGUAGAUGAUACGAUUGAUUGCUGCUUUGGUCUGGUGGCUGCAUCGCUAGUUGUGGCUAAAAUGCUAAUGAUACCUGUGCCAUGGGCAGUGGCAGGCUGUACAGACUCCGCUCGCAUUUUCAUGCUUUCCGCAUAAUCACUUUGGAAGUACUCCAUCCAGUGAUUAUUAAACGGAUAAUUUGUGGUGUUGCCGGUUUUGAGGGCACCGACCGCUGAUGUAUCUUGCACAUCGGCUUAAUUACUCGACGUCACUUUGGAGGUAACCGAACCAUGGUACCGCAACACAACCGACGUUGAGUAACUUUUCUUCUCAACAAUGGCAUCUUUUGGAGGACGACUCAAAGUCAUGGCUGAUAUUUAUUUUGCUGCCCUCAGCUUAGCGUUUAGCUCCACAUUCGGUCAUUCUGUUUACUUCUCCUGUUUACUUCUUCGGCAACUUACAGAGGUAAACAGGAAAAGCUCCAAUUGGUUGUUGCUCACAGCUGAUCACUGUGAUCGAACUGAAAUUUAUCACAAUCAUUAGUCACGAUCAUAUGAUUGCCCAUUACCAGUCAUACCUUGUUGCAAAUAAAUAUGAUUUGUUUAAAAAUGUUCCUCCAGAUGUUUUAGCAUCACUCAACUUUGUCAGUGUUUGAUACUCCCCGUCACAACAGUUUUGAAACAUGUUGCUAGCAUCAAAUUAAAAAAUGUGCACAAAUUCUUCAAAAACUAUAAAAGAAAUUCAGUUUUCACAUUAUAUCUGAUGUCUUUAUGGUAUUUGAAUUGGAUAAGAUAUUUAGAUGACGUAUAAAAUAUUAGAUUCUGUUCACAUUUUACAGUGCAUGCCAACUCUUGUGAAAUUGGAGUUGUACUUGAAAACCCUGAGUUAUUUAACCACAGAGAACUUCAGUAUAAGCAAGAGGUUUACGCUUAGUCUAGUCUGUGUGUGUGGCUGGAUGACUCAUAUGAGGGUGUAUAUGUGUGGAUGUGUCAGAAAUGUUAAUAUAUUUCUUUGAUUUCUCCUGAAAGUUUUAUUUUCCCCAACUCUGGAACAACAAAGUAUUUCAGCAGUUCUUCACAGAAAUACGCUGAAAAUAGUUUUUAUCAUGUGAAGCAUUGAUAAAUAAUUCUGUUUGAGGCAAAUGUUGGAGUUUGAUACCUGCAUGCAGACUGAGACUGGACAUGUUCUUCGUUUUACAAGUCAAUUACUGUGAUAUUUUCUAACUGAAUGAUUUUAGCGACUGAUUGUAACUGCUCAGCUGUUGACCACUUAGUCACAGUUUGUCAUGGAUGCACUUGUCAUCGUAUUUGUGUGUGUUUGUGUUUACUGUUCUGUAGCCAUGAGUGUGGUUGCGUCCCUCCUAAAUCGGUGAUACAGAUCAAAAGGAGGUCUUGCCUGCAGGGACAGCCAAUGAGCUCUGCCCACAGCAGAGGGGGAGUCACUACUGCUGAUCAAUCUGAGCUCUCAUUAAAAGGCUGCCAAGCCCUUUGCAACCUGAUACAAUAUCAAUACUGUAGCACCACAGAGGGACCUUGUGAGCUGUUAGGCAAGCUGCUGGCAUGCUUAACUGUCAUUACUGGGUGGGCAGCAUGCCAGAGACCCCCUUCAUGAGCCACUUAGGCUCCCCCCACGGUCCCAAACACAGGUCAGUGCAGACGGAUGGGCUGUCUGGGCAGCUGUCCCGGGGACGGGUAGAGGGAGAUGGAUACGGACCUGUAGAGGAGGAGACAGCCUGAGAUCCCCCACAACAAGGACUGAUGAUGUGGGCUUUGUGUGUUGACUGCCCGCAGUUACGCACACAUGGCUGCGGUUUUACCUGAGGCUGGAUUGUUUAUUGUGGGUAUUUUCUGUGUUGGUCUUUUACAGUGGGUAAUUACGAGGACCAUCCCACAUGUUUUGGUUUAGCCGAACAAAAGACAAAGACUUUGCAAAGAAAAACUGUGUCUGAAGUUCUUGGAUGUGUGUACAUGUUCAGAAAAAUCAGCGCUGCGUUUUGGCAAAUAACUCAACAUUCCUGCUGGGAAUACUAGUGCGCAGUGAGCGAGUAGCUCAUUUCUGAGGAGAACAAAUGGGGGGAAUUUAAGUGGACAUAUAAAGGCUGUGUAAUUCAUAUCAUUGUGUGGAGGUCCCCCCUCUGUGCUCCAGUCUUAACCCCCUGUGUGGUUUUGAUAGGAAAGGGAGGGAUCAGUUUGUGCGUCCCUAAACCCCCAGUAAUCCGCUGACAAAAAGGCCAGAAGAAAGCCAUCAAGUAAAGGUGGGGGGUUAGGACAGAGAAUGGGUGGAGAAAAGAAGUAAAUAAGUGGUUCUGGCCUCUCUAGCCCCCAUGGGUGUGCUUAAGACCAGAGAAGAUGGUCCUCAUGGUAGCCACAGAUCUUCAUAUUCUGAGGGUGAAGUAUACCUCUGCUGUGAGGGGCCUUUCUAAGUUUUCUAGAGCCAUUGUUUAUCAGCUGACUGAAAAAUUCCUGAGUCUAUAGGAAUGAUCGCCUCUGCUGCAGCUGAAGUGUAACUCUCAGCAACAGUAUCGAUUUAUCUGGACUGGCUGUAAUUUAUUCAGCGAGCGGGCGACACUUGUUUACUGAAAGUUGAAACCAAUACUGUCUAUAAUCACCAUUAAGUCAGAGACAUCAGAGUCCCAGUUGCAGGUGCUAAUUAAAUAAUGGUGGUGAAAUGGCUUGUGAUUAUAACAAAGAUAAAGAUUGCGGUGUAUCUCAAUCAUUUUUCUCUCGUAAAAGUGGUUUUCCUAGCAGAUCAUAUUUUGAGUGAUGGUCCAUUUCUCAUUUGUGCUGCAGUAACACAAUGUCACCCAGAAGUCACUUGGCUGCACCGAGGUCUCAGUGAGGUAGUUAGGUCGGCGGAACAAUUGGCCCCGACUGAUUUGUAUGUAAUCCAUUUAGCUGAGAUGUGACACACUGUAGGGGGGCUUUGCCUUUGGUCAAUAAGUGCCAAUAAGGAACAGCCAUCACUCAGCAGGCUGCCCUGUCCACCAGCUUGCUCACUUGUUUCAGCUGUCAACCCCUGUCCCAAAGGAGCUGGCAAUUGUGCAGCUCUUUCGGACGCUCCACAAAUGGCUUUCCCAUACAAACCUCAAUAAGACAGGAAAGGCAAGGACACCGGUGGACUGCAAAGCAGGCUCAUUUCUCUCCAACAUCUGAAGUGAAAACAGCCACGUAUUUACAAAACACCAUUGACAGUUCCUCAUUCUCUCAGUCUUAAACCCAUGGAGGUGGAGCUGUGGGGGUUGAACCCGAGUCAGGGACAAUCGAGGCUCUGUUUGUGUUCUCUCUAACACCUCUGUGUUCUCUUUGGGCUCCCUUGGAGCGUACUGCAGGCUGCAGAGGAGGAGGGGUAAAUGCCUUGACCCCGCUGUGGACCCUGACUGAAGCUCCCCACAAACCUACAGACCACCACGCAGGCCCCAAAUGCCACCCGGUUGCCGGUGGUAACAGAGAGCAGAGCAAAGUGGAUGUACAUUAAAGAGAUAAAAGAAAAACCUGCUUCUUUGGAGAUGAAGACUGAUUCUUGUCACCCGAACAUCCUCGCUGCAGCUUGUUUGAUGUUGUUGUUUGUUGUGUUGCUGAAAUCCAAGCGUGUUAUGAGGAUUAUGUUGACUGAGUUGGUUUGUUUGACCUGGAGGUGACAAACAGGCAGACAGUAUCUGUAUGAUGUCCUCCUAAGGCAGGUGGAGCCAAAGCAUUUGAGAACAAUAAUAAAGGAUGCUGCUGCUGUUGAUUCCCCUUACAUUCAGGGAUGAUUAGCUAUAACUGUUGUUCUCGCCUUUAAUGUCUUCUUGUUGGUGAGAGAAGUUUGAAGUCAGCUCUGCAGAGUGUGGGUGUAUUUAUGUAUCUGUCUGUCACUGCGCUUGCAUGUGUGUAUGUUUGUGUUUAUGUGUGGUGUACAUUUAUAGUCAAAAGAGCAGACACAGGGAGUCUGUCAAAGCUCUUUGUUCUCCAGCAAGAACACAUUAUGACUGGGCCUUUUGUCUGAACUGACACCAUCAUGCAGUCGCUUUCUUUUUCGACUUCUCUCUCUUUUUCUCACCCCUUAAUUUUGUUUCAGCAAACUAUUCAUCCGUCAUUCCAUCACUCUCUCUCCUGAUGAAACCAUUUUAAGGAUAAUGUGCCCUGUGGAUUAUGGAGUUGAGGAGGUAGAGAUGUUUUCUUUUUUUUUUUUUCCAUCCAUUUGGGUAUGGCCCAAGCCCUCACUUUGUGAGGAAGACUUCCAGAGUAUAGCGUGACUACCAGAAGAUGACGUCUGAAGACAGAGUGUGUUUCAUUAAUAAUUCAUCAGGUUGUUUUUUUAUUUGCCUACUUCCAUGCAAAUUUUCACUUACAAACUGCUCCAUGACAUUAAUAUUUUACACAAACAAUGUUCGAACUCCAAACCUUAAAAUCCACAAAUUUAACAAAGUAUGUGGCAAAAAGAAGGUGAACAGAUGAAGAUGGCACCAUUACUGAUAGUCAGACCAAACACGGUUUGUAGUUCAGCUUACCCUAAAGGUAAUAUAAAGGUGUUUAGCUCCUGUCUUCAUGCAGCCCAGUCAUGCCCUCCCAAUAGACGAGAAUUUCUUAAUGGACUCUGGUUCUCUGGUAAAUAAUGUCAAACUCCCUCCAGGAUAGUUGAUCCUCUUCUUGGGCUGGAAGAGAGAUAAUCUAAUGAUGGUGUUUGUGUGCAAAAGAACUAUUUCUUUCACUGCUAGAAGAAACUCAAAACAAAUGGGACCUACAUGUCAGAUAAGUCGCACUGUGUUUCUUGUGUAUAUGUGUGUAUGUGGGUGUGAACAUGUAAGAGCUUUCCAGCCGCAGCACAUCACAGCUUCACCCUUUUUCUCAGGGCAGCAGACUCACUGCAGGAUUAAUGAAGUGUUAAGUGCCAAAAUUACACUCAUUUAUAUUUCACCAUCCAGGCAGUACAUUCCCCAUGUUUUUAAAGGUUAGGGAUGAAUCUAGACAAGAAAAGAAAAAACAUAAAUGUAGAGGGAAACACUUAAAGGGUAACUGCAGAAAUGAAUGUUUCACAGUCAAGUCCUCUCAUUGCAGAAGAAAUCUCAUUUCCUCACUUCUAAAGUCUAACCACUGUUCUUUGUGUCUGUGUAUUCAGACAGAAAAUUGCUGUGCAGGUUCAGACUGUCAUCUUAAAAUGUCUGCAGAGUGCUGAGCUUAUCUAAACCUCCGGGAAAUCUAAAUUAAAUCUUCCCGGUGAAUGGGAUCAGCCUCUGCAUUAUCUCUUGUCAUCCUCAACUAUUAAAGUUAGUUAUUAGGAAGCGAAGUCACAUUUGUCAUAAGGAAGUGAAAGCAUGCUUUUCAACUAAAAAGCGCUGUCGAGUCAGUGAGUAUGGUUUUAGAGUUCUCAGGCGGGGACUCAAGAGUUCAUGUUGACUAUGCCGACCACUGGAGGAGUCAUUGUUUCAGGGGAAAUGAAAUCAUCAAUAAUGUAUUAAGGAUCUUGUAGGUUGCAAAAUGCUAACAGCCAGCGUGAAGUUAUGAGAAAUGAGAGUUUGCUUGCUGAAUUGCAAAAAAAUAAAAAAUACUCAUGCUGACAUUCUGUACCAGAGCAAUGUUUGCACAGCACAGAGAGCAGCAUGUGGCCAAUGGCUUAAGAGUCUGAACCAACGAAGAGGCUUCAUUUUCUCUGAAACACAACAAGGUUGUGUUGGUGCGAUGACAGUCUGCCCCUAAGCUUUACAUGUCUUGUCAUGAUUAGUUAAGGGUACAAGGCCUCCUCAGAUAUCUCCAGUACAUUGCCUCAGUCAUCAUCUGCGAACAAUGCUGCAGUGGCUGCAGCCUUGUCCUCGGGGGCAGGUGCACAGACCACAGUGCAGUAUGUCCAAUGAAAGGUUACAAUGUUCUUUCUAAUCCAGUCAGAUUUCAAGAUGAAACCUCUUCCGACUUCUUUCUCUGGUUAGACAAAAAAAGGGCUCUCUCUGCAGGGAUCCUUACCAUCAUAAGUACAAGCUCUUUAAGGAAACAUACUCUGAUCAGGUACAGUUGCCCACAAGAGGCCAUUACAGCCAGUUUUGCUGCUGCUCGCUGAAAUUACUCACAAGAGCACAUCCAAAUGUAAAUCUGACUUUGGCUGCUGUAACAGCGCUUGGUAGCUCUUGGUGAUUCCUGGUACCUCUCGGACUCUUUGGGUUUUCUAGGGUGUGAGUGUUUUUCACUGUCCUCAGAGUAAACUACACUCACGUUCUUUCCACAGAUUGUACAUAGAAUGGACACCGUCUGCCUCCUCACUGGGUGAAGCCACCCCGGGAACAGCACCCUCUGAUGACGUGCUGCAGUAUAUGUCAUAAAUCCUGCCUCCUCCAGCAAAACUUAUGGGGCUGUGGACAAACUUAAGAAAUUUAUAACACAGAAUAUACAUUUCUAAAGUUUAUUUCUCCCCCCUGGUUGCGAUGUUGACAUGUAGUUAUUGUAAGACCGGUUUGUGCUCAAGUCCCCUUUUUUUUGUGCAGCUCCAUUUUAAAAAGUUAUUAGGGGGUUCAAGUUUUCUAUGAUUGACACUUGAUACAGCCUAUGCGCGUACAAGGAUUGCCUAGCUCACCCGGGGAUUCGCUGUUUGAGCCGAGCGUCAUCACAGCGAUUCUCUGCGACUCUCCCGUCGAAUGCGUACAACGCUACUGCACAAUGUUGGCUUUAUGGAAAUGGAGAAAAAACGCAGAAUUACUGAGAGCUUUUUUGCUUCAAAUCCAUAUACUGGUAGAAGGCAGAACCAAGUUGUCCAUAGUAUAUACAGUCUAUGAUUCUUGCUCAGAAGUUUCAAAUACAAGUAUAUCAUCACAGUACUUUAUUUGAAAUGGCUAUCAUUCUGUGGAUGUGAUAGCCUCCACUUAAAGCUGUUAUCGUCAACGGUUUUAGAAAUAGCUCACAUAAAGAAGGUGUAAAAGGAUCCUCUUAUUCUGGUGAACUCACCUGCAAUGAUUUUCCACUCAUAGACGUGGUGACUUUAUUGAGCUUGAAAGCGAGUUGAAGUUCAUUGUUUGUGUAACUGCUCACGACUCGACUGUGUGUGUGUGUGUCUGCUCAUUCUCACUGCCAGCAUUGUGUUGUGUCAGCUUAGAAUGAUUUCGAAGAAAGAGCUCUUGGUUCAUUACCUGCCCAGCAUCAAAUGCUAGACAGGCACAUUCUGUAGCAACAAGCUGGUGAACACAGGGGAGAAUUUAACGGCCUAAGAAGCAGGUAUUUCCCUUUGGAGCUGAGAAAGACCACAAAUAGAGCCGAAAGAGAGUGAACCCCAGUCACAAAAAACCCAACCUAAAAUAAAUGGUGUUGCACUCUUUAACAGCUUGAUGUGUAAACUAAGAAAGUGUAAAGAAGUUCUCCAUGCAGACUUAGAUCUGAAACACCAUGCAAAUGUCAGAUUUUGGCAUUGUGUGACAACAGAUGCUCGUCGUCCACACAGCAUCUGUCAAAUAUGCACUUCUAAUAUGUCAUCUAAACAAACCACAUUGCUUUCAGCUGUGCACAAGAGACUGGCUCAAGGCGCCAGAGACGGAAGACUAUUUCCUGUUUUCCUACGUUUCUACUUUGUAAACAGAAAAAUGUUACAGCCUGUGGUGUUAAUACAAGUUGGGACACACACUUCCGUCACGGAUGUGGGCACCGUUAAUGCAGCACCAUCUCCAUUUUAUAAAUCAAGCCAGCAAGCUCUUUGGAGGGAAAAAGCAGAAUCAAGUAGCAUUUUUUAUUGGACUCUCCCACUACCUUGGCAAUGUCCUGUAAGUCAGCUGCCACUUAAUUUUAUCGUUUGAGGAGGAAUCUGAACUUAAUAAAUGAGCUGCUUUCAUCGCGUCGAGGUGAGAUCCAGAGCUUUGAUGUCAAAUUGGCUCAAGACAUUACUUUGGUCUGUUUUGGACACUCUGACAAAAGCAUAACGUAAUCCAGGUGAUUCCUCUGCUCACACUCAAAUGGGAUUAAGCAAAUUUAUAUGAUAGGAUGAAAGUCGAUACUUCAUAAAUAUCAGCUUGGCUAUGAAUUGUUGUGAAAGUUAUUACACCCACUUUAAAUCAGGGACAACACGUGAUGCUGCUUUUAUAUAACUAACAAACAGCACAUAGUAUUUUCAUCAGGAGUGACAAGUAAACCGAGAAACAAAGAUUUAUUACAAGAAAUGUAAUUAUGACUUGAUAAGAGGGCUUUGGCACUUGAACUCUACUGGGGGAUUUUUGUAAUCAACAGUUGUUGGCUCUGAGCAGCAGCGUGAUGGAUCCCCCUUGAGUCAAGACACCAGGAGUGGUGGUGGUUGACGGCUACGCUGAGACCAGGUACAAAACACAUGAAAACAAGUGAUGGAUGAAACUGGUGAUUCUUGGAUGGCUGCCGGAGAGGUGGAGGUAAAGGGGUGUUUAUAGCAGAAAGGAGGAACAAGAAAUAAUAAUAAUAAUAAUUCAUUUUAUUUGUACAGCGCUUUUAAAAACACUCAAAGACGCUUUACAUAGUACGUAAAAUUCAAGAUAAUAAGACAAAGACAUGAAAACAGUAAGAUGAACAAAACAGUUAAAUAUUAAAAGCAAUUUUAAAUAAGUGAGUUUUUAAAAGGGAUUUAAAAGUAGUGGGGUCAGGGCAGUGUCUGAUGGAGGGAGGUAGGGAGUUCCAGAGGGUAGGGGCAACUGUGGAGAAUGCCCGAUCCCCCCAGGUUCGGUGCUUGGGCCGUGACAAUGGGGUGAGAAGAUGGGCAGAGGAGGAACGGAGGUUACGGGGGGGUGCAUGAGGCUGGAGUAGGUCGGUGAGAUAAGAAGGGGCUUGAUGAUGAAGGGCUUUGUGGGUGAGAAGGAGGAUCUUGAACAUGAUGAUAGAGAUGAUGAUAACCGUGAAGCCCAAACAAGACAGUCAAAAAAUGGUUUUACUUGACCUGUAGUAGGGCUGGACGAUAUGGGAAAAAGUUUAUCAGGAUAUAUAUUUUUUUCAUAUCAGUCGAUAUCAAUAUACAUCACAACAUAAAAAAAAAUCACUUGUCAAUCUUAAAUGUUCCCUGUUACUCCUAAAUGAAAUUUAACAGUGCUUAUUGGUAGCAUGUCUUUUGCAAUACAAUAAAAUACUGCAUCUGACAGGUCUUUGUGUGUCUUUGACAUUUUGUCGUAAGGCAAUGCGCUAGAGGAAGUGAACUGGUCGGCUGUUUCGGCUGCACAGGUGCCAUGGGCUCCUUGCUCCGCUCGGGGUUUGUAACCUUUUGCAUUGUGCAUGCUCUGCCGCGUGGCACUGCUUCAGGUGGUGAAAAAGAUUUGAGGUGUUCCCCGACUUUGCAAGAACAUGUACUUGACAUAAUUUGCAGUACACAUUACUCUGCUUGAUGUCCGACCUCAAAAAAAACAAACUACCUCCACACCACUGACGUUUUCGUGGCAGUGUUGUGGACAAUGUUAUCAUCUGUUGAGCCUUCAUCUGCAUUUCUGUCGGGGGUAGCACUCAUUUUCUUUUUUUCUUACCAACAGUGCUGUCUAUUUUACGUGUUAAAGUGCUAUAGUUGCGUGUAGCUGCAGCCUGCUACUACACAGUUGUUUGCUACUUGAUUCUAGUUGACCCAGAGCAACUCCUUUUUUCAAUGACUAUUUGUAUAGUCUACCAAAACAUGGCAGGAUGCUGACUAUUGAAAAGCAUAUUGACCAUGUUUUAUAUUGAUAUUGAGGGAAAUUAAUAUUAGAUAUACACUCACCGGCCACUUAAUUAGGUACACCAUGCUAGUAACGGGUUGGACCCCCUUUUGCCUUCAGAACUGCCUCAAUUCUUCGUGGCAUAGAUUCAACAAGGUGCUGGAAGCAUUCCUCAGAGAGCUUGGUCCAUAUUGACAUGAUGGCAUCACACAGUUGCCGCAGAUUUGUCGGCUGCACAUCCAUGAUGCGAAUCUCCCGUUCCACCACAUCCCAAAGAUGCUCUAUUGGAUUGAGAUCUGGUGACUGUGGAGGCCAUUUGAGUACAGUGAACUCAUUGUCAUGUUCAAGAAACCAGUCUGAGAUGAUUCCAGCUUUAUGACAUGGCGCAUUAUCCUGCUGAAAGUAGCCAUCAGAAGUUGGGUACAUUGUGGUCAUAAAGGGAUGGACAUGGUCAGCAACAAUACUCAGGUAGGCUGUGGCGUUGCAACGAUGCUCAAUUGGUACCAAGGGGCCCAAAGAGUGCCAAGAAAAUAUUCCCCACACCAUGACACCACCACUACCAGCCUGAACCGUUGAUACAAGGCAGGAUGGAUCCAUGCUUUCAUGUUGUUGACGCCAAAUUCUGACCCUACCAUCCGAAUGUCACAGCAGAAAUUGAGACUCAUCAGACCAGGCAACGUUUUUCCAAUCUUCUAUUGUCCAAUUUCGAUGAGCUUGUGCAAAUUGUAGCCUCAGUUUCCUCUUCUUAGCUGAAAGGAGUGGCACCCGGCGUGGUCUUCUGCUGCUGUAGCCCAUCUGCCUCAAAGUUCGAUGUACUGUGCGUUCAGAGAUGCUCCUCUGCCUACCUUGGUUGUAACGGGUGGUUAUUUGAGUCACUGUUGCCUUUCUAUCAGCUCGAACCAGUCUGGCCAUUCUCCUCUGACCUCUGGCAUCAACAAGGCAUUUCCGCCCACAGAACUGCCGCUCACUGGAUAUUUUUUCUUUUUCGGACCAUUCUCUGUAAACCCUAGAGAUGGUUGUGCGUGAAAAUCCCAGUAGAUCAGCAGUUUCUGAAAUACUCAGACCAGCCCUUCUGGCACCAACAACCAUGCCACGUUCAAAGUCACUCAAAUCACCUUUCUUCCCCAUACUGAUGCUCGGUUUGAACUGCAGGAGAUUGUCUUGACCAUGUCUACAUGCCUAAAUGCACUAAGUUGCCGCCAUGUGAUUGGCUGAUUAGAAAUUAAGUGUUAACGAGCAGUUGGACAGGUGUACCUAAUAAAGUGGCCGGUGAGUGUAUAUUGUUAUUGUUUUAUCACCCAGCCCUAACCUGUAGUUUGAUUUCUGCUCUAUUUAGCAGCAGUGGGGUUUAUUACCUAUACCGCAGCCGAUCAGCAGAGGGAGCCCUGAAUCUUUUGCACUUAAGACAUCCAAUUUAAUUUACAGCCUAAGAUGACCUCUUGUACAAGCAAAUGACUCGGUCAGGAGUAAACAAAGCAUUUUUGAAAUUUUCCUUUAGAUUGAAGAAUGGCUCGUAUGGGAACACUAUCAAAGAUUCUGAUGGUGGAGGAAGCUUAGCAUUUAAAGAAUGACGGAUGUCGACCAGCAACAAACUGUGGGUGCCCAUUAUCAUGAAAAAAGCAUUCCUCACUGUAUUGAGGAUUGUGGUCCCCUCCAUCCACUGACACAUCCUCGGACUAUGCACACAUACAUAUGAGCACAUACACACAUGCAAGGACAAACUUCCCUCAGAGAAAGUUGCUCUCAUAUAGAUGCAUGCCGUUGCAGAAUUUGCAUGUGAAUGCAAACUUUUGUUAGUUAAUUCAAGGGUCCUUGGAGAUUUUGCACAUUCUGUUCAGAGAGAGGCAGGCCAAUGGGAACAAAGUCACACAUUAGCAAAGCCCUGCCAGCCUCAAUUAUGACCAAAGGGACUGGUUCGAUAGUGUUGUGAGCCACAUUCAGAGCUGGAUGUGUCUAAACUUUUCUUGGCCACUUUCAGCACCGGAAUACAGACAAUGGCAAAUUCCUGCUUUGAGGCUGACACAAGAAGGAUGUGGAAGUUGCCUUCUAUCAGAUCUUCUUCUAUUUUCAUCCGUUCUAUAUGGUGGAUUCCGUCUGUAAAUCUAGUUUCUAUUUUGAAGAAAAAUCCAUCUGCAGUGAAAGUGCUCUGGUUUUGUUCUCUCCACACUCUGUAUGCCCAGAGUUUUUUUUUUCCUUUCUCACUUUUUCCAAUCACUUUCUUUUUAUCUCUCACUGUUUCUGAAUAUUGGUGAUAAAGGAUCCAGGAGUCGGUCUCCAAGCUUGUUGGCACUCUCCUCUGUAUAUCCAAUGCGUUAUGAGACACAGCUGAUUAAAUUGCAAGUGUAUGCCAUGGCUCGUCCUCCUUCAAUAUGUAAUAAAUGUCUGAAUUUUUUUCCUGGGUUUUCUCAUAUUCUGUCUGUGUUGCGUGCCUUCACGGCGGCUCCAGAUUGGAUGAAUCAGACUUAAUGCCUGUUUUAAAGCCCAAGGUGUUUUAUUUAAAGGGAAAAAAAGUACAUUAAUGCCCGCGCUGAGUCGUUGGAAGAUUUAUCAGGCACUCUCCCAGCUUUCCUUCUGCCUCGCUUCAGCGAGAAUACUUUAGGUACAGAUGUGUGUUGUUGGGCAGUGUAACAUAUCUGUCUGUGGAGAUGGUGUGUGUUUUCAUCUCUCUGCUCUUGCCGUCGUCUUCACCAUCAUGCCCGUGCUGUGACAUGGCCAGCUCUGUUGUCACUGCAUUUAUAAUUUAGCCAUUUCAAUAAAAGAUGGACGGCAUUAAGUUUUUAUCCGAUGAUGCAGUGCUUCUGUCUCUUAGAGCCUCUUUACAAGCGAAUGACUGAUGAGCAAAACUUUCCCUCUCUGUUCUGACUUCCAGGCAUCACUUGGCAUUAGUAUAACCCGAGAUGAUCCUUGUUCCUCCAACAUGCUUUUAGAGUCUUAUUCCGUAUGAUCUCAUAUUCAGCUAGUCUACUCCCCAGCCCUUCCCCUCCAAGCCCCAAGCCUUUAAUGAGUUUUGCUGAGAGUUAUAUUUACUCAUGUUGUCUUGUGCUUCUGUCUAAAUGGCAAAAAAAUCCUCUUUUAUUCUGUGUUGUCGAGCUGAGUCAGCACUGUCGUUUCGCAUCUCACUUAGAGCAAAAAGCUGAUGUUGGCAGAGCUCUGUCAGGAAACAAGCUUUAAAUCAUCCCAGUUCACUGAAACAACCUUAUUUUAUCUGAGACAUGUUUUUUGAGACUGAGAUUGAAAUGUCGUUUUUUUGUUCAGUGGUUGUCCAUCCAUGUAUGUUCUCGUAUUUUGAGGCUAUAAUGGUUUCUGUUUGUUUGUAAAUUACAGUUUCCGCUCACUUUCUUCUUUUGUGGUUUCAUGUAGCAUCUGUCACCAUCUGCAAAGAUAAACAAUACGUGUAGAUAAAAGAAAGCAGUAGAGAACAAACUGUAAAGAAAGGACUAAGUGUCAGAUAGAGCUGAUAAAAGCCUGAAGAUCCAAUUAGUCCCCGGUAUCAAGGGAAGGGGAGGCCUCCCGAGGGUAGUGUCAGAAAAUAUCCAGCAUAUCAAUAGAACAGCAUUUACAUACUUGGCUAUUGAUAUAUCAGUGGGUAAAAUCGAGCUGGCUGUUUUCCUGCAAUUCAGGACUAUAUUUGGUGCUCCCCACUGACGGUUUUGCCUGCAUAGGCUCUCUAACAGAUAAACAACUUAUCAAAAGGAGGAACUGUAUCUUCCUCACAAAACAGCUCACUAAAAGAGGAGCCAAUGGUGAAGGACCAUCUUAAUUUGAGCACACUGAGUCUAUUCUUUAUUCACUGGAGAUGUCCUGGAAUCCAUUUUAGUGACAGCCUAUUCACAGCCGGUUGCAGACAGAGCAAUUUAAAUUUGUCUUUCUUUGAUUUGGGUGCUUCAUUUAUUGUGGAUUUCCACAUUGUUGAUGUCUUUUUAUUUUUUUUGCCAUAAAUGAAUGCCAGCAGUGAGAGAGAAAAAGACAAGAGCAAAGGAAAAUUCAAACAGCCCAGUGUGCCCAGGGUCGGAGCUCAUGAGCUCAUCCAGGGGAGAACCGCAGGCCUCUGGGAGUUUGAAACCUAAGCAAACACAGCUGCCCUCGUACAUAUUUAAAUGCGUUUGUAUGUGUAUGUGCUCACUCACACGCACAUGGCUUGUAUGAUUGUGUGGAGGUUGUUGGCAGUUUGAGGAACGUGAGACCGUGGAGGAGGAUGGACGUGUGGGUUUUUGGAAAGAGCUAAAUGAGCAAAAUCUGGACAAUGACUGAGGCGAGAAAACAACAAGCUUUGUGUUGGACAGAGGAGCUUUUCUACUUUUUCCUUGAACUUACUUCAUCUCCUCUAUAACAGGAAAAACGUGUCCUCCUGUUUUUAAUAAGUCCAUCAGCUGUGCAUGUCUGCAUGUGUUUGCAAUGUAUGGUGUGUUAUCUGUUAUUUGCUUCUGCUGAUCCCCAUGCCGAGCAGUAUUCCAGUCAGUGUUGUUGCUAAGGAGUCGAAAUCCCAGGAGAGAGAGGAUGCUGAUGUGUUGUUGUUGUUGUUGUUGUCUUCCAACAGGGUUUGCUCUGGCUACCUGCUCCUUAAAGACAGACAGACAGACAGACACACACACACACACACACACACACACACACACACACACACACUCUCACACACACACACACAAACCCAAGCCCUCUCCCAUCUGACAGUGGAGCAUCUCAGCGGGCUCACUGAUGCUGCUGUUUGUGAACUGUGUUUAUGAUUCUGAUCACUGGUCUGUGUUGCCGCUCUGAUUAUGUGCGAUGAUUUGUCAAGAACAAAACCCCUCUGAUAAAUAACAUCUUGUGUGUUUAUUCUAUUUUUACUUAUUUUAUUGGAUAUUCAACAAUCAAGUUCAGAUAGCCAGGUGCUGCAGAUAAGUGCAGAACAUUAUAAAACAUAGACGUAACUUGUUGUUAAGGAGGAGGUGUCUUCAGGCAGAUAAAAGGACUUUGGGGGCAGUUAUGGCAGACUUAUGGCAAACUGCAUGUUAAGAUUAAUCACAGAAACUAUCUUAGGCACACAGGACUAAUUGUUGGGUUUUACUUUUUUGUAUUUUUACCGCACAUCUGGAGGCAGUUGACUUUCAUUUUAAUAUUUCCUGCUUUCAUUUUUUUCAUUUUUAGGUUUGUUGGUAUAUCUCAGUGUGCGGUCACUCAGUGGUCUUUCAUGACAGUGAUUUCUGGUGUUUAGAAAUGGUAUCAAUCCGUCCCCUCAUGUUGUUACUUGCUCAUUGACCCCUGUUUUAAUUUGACUUCUCUCAUCUCCUCCUCUUGUCUCUCUCCUUCACCUCUGCCCCUCAGGCCACCCCCACUCCACCUCCCUCAUAUCCACCCUAACCCUCUCAGGGGGUGGUGAGUCCUGAGCUGGCCCUGGGCCCAGGCCCAUUAGCCCCAGCCUGGCAGCCAUGUGCUCAUCACCAGAGAUCAUUACACCCAGCAAUGACACCACUCUAAUGCAUCAUUAAUGAUUGAUUAACGAGCUGAGCUCAGCCCAAACGGGUGCAUUUGUACGGAAGAGCACCCUGUAAUGGCUGUGCAAGGCUUGCAUCUGCUAUUUUUCACCAUGUUGUGUUGUGUGUGUGUUUGUGCGUGUGCAUGUGUGUGUACUUUAUUCUUAUCAGUCUCCCUUUGUGUCCUGUUUCUAAGGUUGAGUGAGGGAGCUGCACACCCACAAAGGACUGAAGGGGUGACUGCAGGGUGGCGCGAUGGCAGGGUGGGGGCUCUCCAUCCCUCUCCCUCUUUUUCCUCUCCUUCUUGUUUUGGUGGGAAUCCUUCCUGAGGUCCAGGGCUCUGGCUACCUUUCCGGAUAUCGCCAGAGGUCGCGGCUGCAGAGGGACCGCCACAUCCGCAAUGUCCGACCCAACAUCAUCCUCAUCCUCACAGAUGAUCAGGACAUAGAGCUGGGUAAGACACGCUCAUCUCCUAAUCCUGUCCUCUGUAUGUAUGUGUGCGUGCGUGUUCACUGUUUGUUUGUGCAUCUGGCUCUCUCUGUUUGCUCUGUGUCCAUAUCCCAUGGGUAUGAGUAUUCUCUCUGUGCGUAUCCAAGAGCAUCAGCAAGGGAAAGUCAACCCUAAUGCUUCCUCCUGGCACCAUAACAACUGGCUCACUCAAAGUCAUGUGCUCCUGUUGCCAACCCCUCCAUUGCUGGCAAGAAGUGAGGGCGGCCUAUGGCUUCCAUUGUCUGAGUGCCAAACCCUGGCCAUCUCCCUUCCCGCUUAAGUCCUUUUGCGGCGUAUUGGACUGGAGUGGCUGCAUAAUGGCCUUGGUGACACCCUUUGUCCUUCUGUGAUCGCUGGUGAGAGGGCUCCCAUUGAAAAGCAGGAAUUUAUGGUCAAGCAUCUGUUUUCCCAAACAAUCGCCAGUGCCUGAAAAGCUUUUGGUACACGGGAAUCCAAAUGAGUCACACUUUACUAAAAAGAUUUGUUUCCUUGUUUUCUUUUAGCCCAUGUGUAUACUGGCGUUUACUCUUGCCCCCCCAUGCACAACUCGAUAUUUUUGCCGGUCUGGUUACCUCUUGUGCGUGUGUGCGUGUGUUUUUUUUCCUCCUCCAACUGUUUUAUGUCCCUCUGUGGCCCUUUCAUUUCCAUCCUGUCCUUGGCCUUUGAAUCUCCUCUCACCUCACCUCUCCUCCCCUCCUCUCCACCCCUCCCUUCUCUCAUUCUUGCACUACUUUCUCCCAGGCUCAAUGCAGGCUAUGAACAAAACCCGGCAGAUCAUGGAGAAAGGCGGCACGCAUUUCUCCAACGCCUUCUCCACUACGCCCAUGUGCUGCCCCUCUCGCUCCUCCAUCCUGACAGGAAAGUACGUGCACAACCACCACACCUACACCAACAACGAGAAUUGCUCCUCUCCUUCCUGGCAGGUCCAUCAUGAGCCACACACCUUUGCAGUACAUCUAAACAAUUCUGGCUACAGGACAGGUAAGCAUCGCAAGUGUGGAAUACGAAUGUCAAAGUGCAUUUAAGCAGGUCAGCCUGUGCGUUGAUCUUCAGGGCAGGAAUUAUAUACUGCUCCUCUUUUCCUCUCUCAGCAUUUUUUGGAAAGUAUCUGAAUGAGUACAACGGCUCCUAUGUGCCCCCUGGCUGGAAAGAAUGGGUAGCACUGGUUAAGAAUUCUCGCUUCUACAACUACACCCUCUGCAGGAAUGGAGUACGAGAAAAGCACAGCAGCGACUACCCAAAGGUAUUUUACAGUCCAUUAGAGAGAUGUCACAACCACUUUCACAGAAGGACUGCAUGGCAGUAAAGUGGGAUGUGCAAAAAAUGAGGAGUUUUUUCAUUGGUAAAAAUAAACCGCGGAACCACGGGGGCUUCUCUACAAAUAAUCUGCUGAUUCAAGCAUCCUGUUGCAAUUCAUCGACAAUCGUUUUUGUUCUCAGCAACAACAACAACAAUGUUUGAGCUAGUUUUACAGUUGUGCACAGGAAGAUUUUUUGUCCCCACAUAGGUCUUUAAACUAAUGUGCAAAACUGACAGCUCUGACAUCUGCUCUUUUACUUUGUCACUCACUGAGUGUCUGAUGGACAAUGUCUGCUGGCUCCACAGGACUACCUGACAGACAUCAUUACCAACGACAGCAUCAACUACUUCCGUAUGUCAAAGAAGAUGUACCCUCACCGCCCUGUCAUGAUGGUCCUCAGCCAUGUCGCUCCGCAUGGCCCGGAAGACUCUGCUCCACAGUACAGCGCGGCCUUUCCCAACGCAUCGCAGCACAUGUGAGACACUGAGCGCCGUCAGGGCGCCCGAACACACCCUAUGAUUAACAAAACAAUGAGCUCUCGGCUGCUUCGAGAUUGGAGACAUACUGUGACAGCAGUCAGUCGGAGCCGGGCUCACUUGUACGAUUAAAUCCAAAUAGAUUUGAUCCACAUCUCUGUGCUCACAUAUGAGUCACCCACACAUCCACGUCUCUCUUAUUUGACCCAGAACGACACACAUUUCAUAAUCCUGGCUUGAUCUUAUUGUUCACUGCCUGCAGUGUGCUCUUGGCAGCCGAGCACUUCCAUACACAGCCAGUGUUUCGCUCCAGUUUAUUUGGCAUGUGUUGUUCACAGUCGUGUUACCACGGUAAUGAGUCUCGCUAAUUUGUACCAUUUUGUCAGUCGUGAUCAAAGAGGGGUAUAAAUCAUUUACGUGUAAAGCAUAAGCAAAGAUUUAGGCCCAUGUACAUAAACAGGCGUACACGCCACCUCAGCCUUUGUCUUUCUGACCCGCCAUGUUCCUCCUCAGUGACUGACUCGUGAUUCUGGCUAAUGGUAGAGCUGCUAUUGGCCUCCAGAGACUGAUCCCAGGAAAGUAAUGAGACUGCAGUUACUUUGCCUCCCUUCAGCCCCCUCACGCCCUCCUCCUUCCUCUUUUAAUCCCCUUGGCAUCAUUAACCUGUGCCACGCAGGUUUUAUACAUGGAAUAUUCUCAAAAUUCAGCCCCAGUGUCUUUGUACAAACUUUUAAUUGCUCUUUCUCCAUAUAUUUGCUCUCCCACGGGGGACAUUUUCUGAGAGUGCCUCUCUGUCUAUUUCUCUCACUCCAUCCUCCUUUGCCCUUAUCAACCACAUAAAGAGAGAGAGAAGCUGUAAAAGUCCUGCACUCCUCUGGUGUUAACUUCUCUUCACCUUGGCACCUUGCAGACACAUCUUCACACUGCAGUAGAGUUUCCACUGUGGAUCAGGCUGUGAGACAUUAACAUUUUUAAAAGUCAGAUCGAUUAGCUCUUAAUGUUCAGUAUAUUUUUUCUCCUUUUUUCCCCAUUAGCUAUUUAGCUGUGUUUAUUCUCAAAUAAUUUAAGCCCCAUAUGCCUCGCAGUUAAUUAUUGAUCAGAUUGUGCUCACUGUGUACAGACCUAUCGAUUGCAUUGCUUUGCAUUUUCCAUUGUUUAUUUAAGCUCUAGUUUAGCAAAGCAUAAACACUUUUCUUGCUACUGUGUAAAAAAAAGAGCAGGAUGAAACAGCAGGGCACAGGCAGAGGAUAUUGCACCUAAUGCACGGUCUAAGUGUUCAUACGCUGACAGAUUUACCCUAACCCAAUUUACUGCUGUGGAAUAUAAAGAUGAAAGAAAUAUAGAAAAGAUAAAGCAGCUGGUCAAAAAUGUUACUGUGACUGAAUUAACGUGUGCUGUGAGUUCAGGGCUUUGCUUUUUCUCCUUUUUACAAAGUAAGAACAACCAAGAAAUUAAACAUUUAAGUGUUGCACUAUCAGUUUUAUAUUGUUUUCUAUCCUCUACUUCUCUCAGAACCCCCAGCUACAACUACGCCCCUAACCUGGACAAACACUGGAUCCUACGUUACACAGGACCUAUGAAGCCAGUCCACAUGCAGUUCACCAACAUGCUGCAGCGCCGGAGGAUGCAAACCCUGCUGUCUGUGGACGACAGCGUUGAGAAGGUACUCAGGCGCAGAGCGAGGCGGACAUAUGCUUCAAAAAACACAAAAGAACUCAUAACACACUCAUGCAGUCACUCACACAGACACACAAACACACACACACACAGACACUAACAUUUUUCAUCUGACAGUUUCAAGUCCUGAGAGAUCUGUGCUUGUUCUGACUGGGACUCGAUAAUGUAUUCACUGACACACUUGGUGAAUUGUUCAAUUGCUUUUCCUUGAAAAUGGCACCGGAGACCUGAGCUUUCAAACAUAAAGCAUUCCUUUUCACAGUGUGCUGAGUGCUUAAUGAAUUAUAUCUGUCCUCGUAGGUGUACAACAUGUUGGUGGAGACGGGGGAACUGGACAACACCUACCUCAUUUACACCUCAGACCAUGGAUACCACAUCGGCCAGUUUGGUCUGGUUAAAGGCAAAUCUAUGCCGUAUGAGUUUGAUAUCCGGGUCCCUUUCUACAUAAGAGGGCCUCAUGUGGAGCAGGGCGCAAAGUGAGCGACACUGUUAUUUUUAUAGAGGCGCUGUAUUUCAGGAUAAUUCGCUGUACGUGAGGUUAAUUCCUCUUAUUACUGUUUCCCUUACAGUAAUCCUCACAUUGUUUUGAACGUUGACUUGGCGCCGACACUGCUGGACAUGGCAGGUGUUGAUAUUCCGGCUGAAAUGGAUGGCAAAUCUAUACUCAAGCUGCUGGACACGGAUAGACCAGUCAAUAGGUGAACACGCUCAUUCAUUAUUUUGCUCACUUCUCUUCUCAGUUAAUAGACUCUUUGAGGAGUAGCAGAUUAGGAGGCUGUUUCAACAAACUAUUUUUUCUUUUUUUUUUCAAGCUUUUGAGUCAAAAAGUUGUUUCUACAGGGACAAUUUAUGUUAUAUUGAGUAUCUGUUCUUGGUUACCUUUUGGACAAAGUGAAAUCUCAGGCCAAGUGCAUCAGUGCCACCCCCUCCUGGAACAAUCAAUCAAUCAGUCUUUAUUUAUAUAGCACUUUUCAUACACAGCAAUGUAGCACAAACGCUUUACACAGCAAAGGCAAAGAAAAGAGAAAAAAAAAGAAAGAAACAAAAAAUACCUGGAUUUACCCCAACCCAGUCCCUCAUUCCCACCCCACAAUCUAAACGCAACAGAAACACGUAUUAAAAUGCAUUAACUUGAAAGGGCUCAAUUUCAUAGCAACAGGAAUAUUUGCACUGAGGAAAUGCUGUUUUAAAAUUUCAGAUAAGGAAACACUGGAGGUUAGGUUAAAAUCUAAAAACAAAGUAACAUGAGAUGAAAUUAAAAAAUAAAUAAAUAAAAUGAAAUAAAAACAACGGUAAAAAUACUCAAAUAAGAGCAACAAAAUAGCUCAAUAAAAGAUGAUCCUGUCAUUAAAGCUAGAAGCGAUAAAUGCUAAAACACUUCAACAAAGUUAAUGAUAUAAAAUUUAGUUAAAAGCAAGACUAAAAGUUCGGUUUGGUUUUAAAAUCAUUAGGAUUAGGUGCAGUCCUCGGGUCUUCAGGUUAGCUGUUUUAAGAUGACAAGGGUGAAAUUUAAUGAUGCAUGCUUUUCCACUGUUAAUGUUACAGAGUGUGCUGUCAAGAUUUUUGAUUUUGUUUACUCAUUCUUAGGUUCCAGCUGAACCGAAAGGCCAAGACUUGGAGAGAUUCUUUCCUGGUGGAGAGAGGGUAUGCUUUAUUGAUUGACCUUUUCCACCCAAUGUUCUCAUUCCAGGAAUUUUCUUCUGAUGACAUCUGUCUCCUUGUCUCUGCAUGGUAAAAAUAAUUGGAUGUGUUUUCUUGUUCUUUCAGGAAGCCUCCGCACAAGAGAGCUGAUGGGAAGGAAAUGGCCCAGGAGGAGAACUUCCUACCUAAAUAUCAACGCGUGAAGGACCUGUGCCAGAAAGCCGAGUAUCAGACCUCCUGCCAGCAGCCAGGACAGGUACCUGAUCAAUUCAAGUUGAGACAGAGACACCAUCAAUUUUAAAGAGACCAUUUUUUGGUUUUGGCUGGUUGACAACCUAGCUUAUGGUUGACAAAAGCAGCCAUUAUACUCUGAGGGGUCCUUUUUAUGAUAAUUAAUGUUUUAAAGCAAUCAUCAUGAAGGUCUAAUUAUAGAAAAGAAGUCCUUAAAUCAGACAAUAUUGAUUAAAAGGUUAACUCCUCAAUAUUAUUAUUAUUAAACUGUUGAUCUCAACAUGUUUUGCUAAUACGUCUACUGUUAGAGUUCUGUGUUGUAGAAAUAUGUUUAAAUAUGUACUAUAAUGCAUAAUGCAGCUCUGCAGUACUUAAUGCCUGAAGGUCUAACAUCAUGAAAUGUCUCUCUUCCUCGUUUCAGAAGUGGCAGUGUGUGGAGGACCCGACUGGCAAGCUGAGGCUGUAUAAGUGCAAGGGCAUGGCCAGUCUCUAUGCCCCACGUAUGCAGGCUCUGAUGGCCAGAGGUGCCUCUCAGCUGUCCCCGACAUCGAACUCCGCCACCUGUAACUGCGCUGAUGUGGGCUAUAAAAUGUCUUUCGUGAAGCAGAAGAAGCUGCUCACCAAAAAGAGUUGGUUUCUGCCGUCACGCACACUAAACAUUGCUCUGGUAGUUCUUAAUGGAUCUGAUUUAGUCAGGAGUGAAAAUGACCGAGGAUCUGAAUCGUCCUUGCAGUAGUCUGCAAAACAGGAACAUUAAUCUCAAACCAAAAUAACCAGCUUUUGAAGUAUUCAUGAGAUGCAGCGUAUGUGUCUGUGCUGCCAUCAAGUGGUGGAUUAUACAAGUGCGCCCUUUAUUAUUAGGCAUUGAACAAUAAAAAGAUUAUGUUCAGAGAAAUGACAGCACUCUCACUGAAAACAGAUACUUACUAUCAAUUUUUUAUUGCAAUGCGCUGCUCUUAGCUCGUCAAUGUCACAGACCUGACAGACAUGUUUCCUCUCUCUCAUCUUCAGAGAUGAAAUCCAGUAAGGCUGUCUCUAGGAGGCGCUGGGCCCGCUCUGUGUCCUUCGAGCUGGAUGGAGACCUGUAUGCAGUCGACCUGGAAGAAGGUUAUCAGCCUCUAGGCUUCAGGAACAGCAGCUGGGCCAGGCACAGGACUGGAGCUGCUGGGAAUGAAGAGGACAAUGAAGAGUCCAGUGGGAUGGGGGUCACUGUCACACCCACAACCGGUGAUCAAGUCACACCGCCAACUGCUUUGAAAGUCACCUACAGGUGCUUCUGUCUUUGUCCGUCUUCUUCAGUGUGCAGUAUUUUAGUGAUACAAUGAAAAAUCUAAUUUCAGUCGAUUUGUUUUGUUUGUUCACAUUUAAAGUGUCAUUAUUUACAUUCUGCAGGUGUUCUAUUCUUAUGAAUGACACAGUGAAAUGUGAUGGAGGCCUCUACAAGUCUCUUCAAGCAUGGAAAGACCACAAACUGCACAUUGAGCAUGAGGUGCUGCUCCACUUUCCUCCUUUCUUCCCAGAAAACCCAUUUCACAGAUUCAUUGUUCCUUAUAAAGUAUAAUACAUUUUGGUCGUCUGUUCUUCUGUGAUUAGAUUGAAACCUUGCAAACCAAAAUCAAGAACCUGAGGGAAGUUAAAGGUCAUCUGAAGAAAGUGAGACCGGAUGAAUGUCAGUGUGACACCCCCAGGUGAGAGUGGGUUUGAAUCACACUGUCACUGGCAUAGAGAUCAUUUACAUUCGUUACAGUUGUUUUUGUCUUAACAGUUAUCUGCUCAAGAAUAAGGAGACUUUCAAGCUCAGUGCAGGGCGCAUGCAUUCACCCAGGUAAACAAUUAAACUGUAAAAAAAAACUUGAUUAAUAUUGUUGAUAUUCUUUUUCACUCAUUCUGCAUUUUUGACGUUUGCUUUUAUCAGAAUGCCCUCGAAGCAGAAGACUCAGUGGCUGCAGAAGGAGCAGAAGCGCAGAAAAAAAUUACGUAAAUUCCUCAAAAGGCUCCAAAACAACGACACCUGCAGCAUGCCCGGCCUCACUUGCUUCACCCAUGACAACCAUCAUUGGCAGACCGCCCCCUUCUGGACAAGUGAGGAAUAGCAUGCAAGAGACUGGAAUAUUAGUUUGAAUUCCAAAAUAUUUGCAAAGCAGAUACGGUAAAAACAAGUUUGUAUAACACAAUUGUGAUGUCCCUUUUUCCAAUCUUGCCCCUCCCUUCCUCACCCACUCCCCGCCACAGUGGGUCCAUUCUGUGCGUGCACCAGUGCCAACAAUAACACCUAUUGGUGCCUGAGGACCAUCAAUGACACACACAACUUCCUGUUCUGUGAAUUUGCUACCGGUUUCCUGGAGUAUUUUGACCUUAACACUGACCCAUACCAGGUAUCUCAAUCAUACACACACACACACAUUGUAACACACUGUUUAAAAAGCGAGCAGAUAGUCACGAUAAUAGAUUCCAGGACAUGAUUCAUGGCACUUUCCUGUAAGCACAGGGAUAGAGAUUUUUCCUGUGUUUUCCAGAUAUUCCCCACAGCUUUCCUAUGCUGACAUCUUGUCUUUAUUGUUCCUGUAGUUGAUUAAUGCUGUCAGCACCCUAGACCGUGAUGCUCUAAACGCAAUGCAUCAACAGCUCAUGGAGUUACGGGGCUGCAAGGGACACAAGCAAUGCAACCCAGAGAAGGGUCAGUAAAAUAUGUUCUCAUGGCAAACAUGAUUAAUGACAGACGAUCCAGCAAUGCAGCUUAUGAUACCUCUGGUUCCUUUCAGGAGGAAAAGAACGGAAUUACUUCAGUGAAUACAGGUAUUUUCUCCUUCCCUUUACAACACAGCUGAUUACUUUGACAAACUCCACAGAUGGAAUUCAUGUUAGACUUCAAACUCUUGGAGGUUACAGCCUCCCAAGGGUGUCUUUGGCUAUGUUUCUUCUCAUUGCAAGUCAUCUGCAGAAUGAAGGAAAUAAAAUACUGAGAUGUUGUGCCGAAAAUGAACCUCCUCAAACUCUCAUAGUUCCUUAUUGUUGCAAUGAAGGUCUUCAAAUCUUGGAGAAGCAGGAGCCAAAGAGGGUUAAAACACAAGCCUGCUUUAGAGCUUCUGCUGUUCCCCUUUGUAAUGAAGCCUAACUGCUUGUCUCUGCUGUGCCUGUGUGUGUGUGUGUGCGCGUGUGUGUGUGUCUCUUGUGUAUUUAUACCUGUUUGUUGUCUCCAUGCACGUGCAUUUGCCCUGCACGUGUAUACGUGCUGUGCAUGCUUCAGGCCAGUUCACCGUCGAAAGAGGCCAAAAGUGAAGAAGCCUUCCUCCAAAUCGCUGUGAGUUUGUCAUAACCCAUCUGUUCCCUCGUAGUGGGCCAAGCUCUCCUCCUAUCUCUAUCCAGAAUUUUCUAGCUUGGUCAGAUGAUCAAGCAGCAUGUCUCCCUGUCAUCCAUUCAUUAUGAUACUGUACUCAUAAGCUUACAGUAAAUUUCACUUCCCUGCAUUGCAAAGCUGCACCAUCCUCCUUCUUAAUGACUUACACAAGUCAAAUUCAGUACAGCAAUGCAGAUGAAACAUUGUCUCUAUUUGUCGUGUAUAAGUCUCGUUACUGUUAUUUCUUACUUUUCUUAGUAGGAUCAGACCACAACUGGAGUCAUGGUUUCCAGUGAAAGCCUCAGGAGGCACAUUUGACUAACACUGUUUGUUUCCUCUCCGCAGAGGCCAGAUUUGGGAAGGUUGGGUUGGCUAGCUACCAGCAUCCCACAACCCAGCAAACUGGCCUUGUCUGGUAAUGAAGGAGAAGGAGGUGUGAAUGCAUAUCCGAGGACCUUGACCAUACUUCGAUGGACCAUAACCUGAGACACUUCUUUACUCAAAACUAAGUUUGACUCCUCAGAUCACUGCUCUUAUACUGUCACUUAAAAGAAGGACAAGCUGAGAGGAAGUGGUCAAGACCUUACAAUCGUCACUUCAACCUUCAGACAUAUUUCAGCCAAACUCGAUGUAAACUGGACUGUGUCAGGACCAUUACCAUUAACAGGAUGCUGCGAAUCAAGUGGAACUGUGUGGCAUUCACAAUCCAUUGAGUCUAAUAAUGUACAUAGUGUAUCAGCUUUAACCUCUUUCAUAUCACAUUGGUCUAAGUGCAAACAUGAACUGUUACAUGCCCCCCCUGCUGCUACGCAAAGAUGUCAUGGCCGAAUGACGUCUCUGUGGCACAAGCUGAUUAAUGUACAACAAGGCAUAUUUCCUUCCUCUGCACCAAUGUGUCUGCACAUGGAAACAGUACGGACUUGAAAAAGAGCCAAUGGUAACAAACUCUUUACCGUGAUCUUUUGUAUGAUAGUUGAUUUUAACGCAGAUGAAUGUCCCUCAUUAAGUACCAUCCUCCUGAAAGCUGUGAGUUGUGUGUGUUGACUACAGACUGCCCGCCUUGAUCCAGUCCACUCUGCUGUCAGUCUCAUUGGAAAAGGAUUACACUAACUUCUGUCUCACAAUGAUACAAUCAAAACCUCCAGAAUCUUUGACCUCUGGCAGAAAGUCUCACCAGUGACUGCAGUUUUACUCUUUUGUCUUGUCAGUACCACACUGUAGAGGUACCAAAUAGUUUGUUCAGCUUCCUAUACAUGGUGCUACGGGAUAACACUACAGAAGAAAAAUCUUGCUGUACAGUACAGUAUGUAUUUGAAUGUAUGUUGUGCAAUUAAUAUAAAUGUUUACAAUAUUUUUUAUAAUACAGAAGAAGCAGAACUCAUUGUAUGAAAAUGAGCUGACAGAAUGGACUUAACGGGGGAAACGUAGCUUGAAGACUUGUAUUGCCCGCUAUUGUACGUUUGUCCUUUUCUUAUUUACAUCAGAAAAGCACUUAAAGGGUUCACUGUGAACAUAUGCGCCAUGAACAUUUAGUGAAAAUAUUGUUUACUGUGUGCAAGAGGAACAACACAACAGUGUAAUACUUAUUGAUGUGAAUUUCAGCUACCUGCCUUUGUAAGCUUCUUUGAUUUUUUUUAGCAAGUAUUCCCAUAGACCUGAGCGCUGAUAGUAACUGUGAAUAAAGUGUUGUUUGAUCAUACAUCCUGUCUGA